AUGGCUUACGAGCCACGUGGUGACCACGGAGGAGGCGGCCAAGAUGGUGCCUUUGUCAAAGUCCGAGGUCGAAGACCUGUGACGGACUACAGCUCUACUGUCAUACACUGGCUCCGGAAUAGAUUACCCAAUUAUAAAGGCUCAUACGAUGGCGAGAGGGAGCGUCCCAGCGCAAGCUACAUCGUGGAUAUGCUUCCACCGGCUGCGCGACCAACAAAUGCGGCGGACACCAUCCCUGCCAAACAUCUUCACUCCUCGCUAAACAAGAUCAAACAUCCCAUCAACGUCGUUCGAUGGACGCCCGAAGGCCGCAGGCUGUUGACAGCGUCGACAAGCGGCGAAUUCACGCUAUGGAACGGAACGGGCUUCAAUUUCGAAACCAUCAUGCAAGCUCACGACUCCUCCAUUCGCGCGUUGGAGUACUCUCACAGCGACGACUGGCUCAUCUCGGGCGAUCACGACGGCCUGAUCAAGUACUGGCAACCAAACUUCAACAACGUGCAAAGCAUAAACGCGCACUCGGACCCGAUUCGAGACCUGGCCUUUAGCCCCAACGACGCCAAGUUUGCGAGCGCGUCUGACGAUUCGACCCUCAAAAUCUUCGACUUUGCCCUGGGGCAGAUGGAGUCCAAGCUCGAGGGGCACGGAUGGGAUGCCAAGAGCGUGGACUGGCACCCUACAAAGGGCCUGCUGGUUUCCGGAUCAAAGGACCACCUGGUCAAGCUGUGGGAUCCCAGGACGACGCGGUGCCUGACGACUCUCCACGGCCACAAGAGCACCAUCACAAAAGUCAUGUUUGAGAGGGUGCGGGGGGCCUGCCUGGCCACGUCGGCCCGGGACCAAACCGCCCGCGUGUUUGACCUGAGGAUGAUGCGCGACAUCUGCCUGCUCAAGGGCCACGAAAAGGACAUUUCCACCCUCACGUUCCACCCCGUCCACGCCAACCUGCUCACGACGGGAGGCAUGGACGGCUCCCUCUUCCACUACCUCCUGGACUCGCCGAACCCGCCGGCCGGCCAGCCGCUCACCGUCAGCCCCUACGACAGCAUCGACCCGGCCUCGACCCCUGCCCAGUCCGUCUGGCCCAUGCACAGGAUACCCUUUGCGCACGACUACGCCAUCUGGUCCCUCGACUGGCAUCCGCUGGGCCACAUCCUGGCGUCCGGCUCCAACGACCGCAUCACGCGCUUCUGGACGAGAGCGCGACCCGGCGACUCGGACAUAUCCCAGGACAGGUACCACAUUGGCGAAGCAGCCGCCGAGGCGCAAGGCACGUGGGAUCGACGCGGGAACCGCCGCCAGCGCCAGGAAGAGGAGCAGCAAGAAAUGGAGGACGAGAUGGACGCCCUCGUCGACCAAGACGCCCCGAAACCGCCUUCCAUCCCCGCACGCCCCGGCAUCCCCGGCCUGCCUCUCGGCGGCCGACCGGCCCCGCCAGGCCUCACCUCAGCCUUGCCGCCGCCGCCGCCACCCAUCCCGGGCGUCGGGCUGCCGGGAGGGGCAAAGGGACCGCCCCCGCCUCCGUUCCCGUUCCCCGGUCUGAACGGGGCUCCCCCUCCGCCCUUGCCGGGCCUGGAUCCCCAUAACCCCCCGGAUCCCGCAAAGCUCCUCGAGCUGAUGAAGAAGGCCGGCGUGCCUCUCCCGCCCCCGGGGGCAUUCCCGCCAGGCUUCAUCCCCCCGCCGGGGAACGUGCCGCCCCCUCCGCCGGGAAAUUUCCCGUUUCCCGUUCCGCCGCCGCCGCCGCCGCCGCACCAAGCGGACGAGGAAAAGACGGAGUCGAGACGCAGGGCCCCGCUGCCCAGCCAGGAGGACAGCCUGCGGCAGGAGCAGCGGCAGGGUAGAUACACAAGGGCUAGGUAG